GGCUGCCCGGCGCAGCCGGUGCCGGCGCGCUGGGCGCCCGCGAAGGGUGUCCGAUGUCGGGCGGUCUGUGAGCGGCGAGGCGCUGCCGGGCACCAUGCAGAAGAGCGUGCGGUAUAACGAGGGGCACGCCCUGUACCUGGCGCUGCUGGCCCGCAAGGAGGGCACCAAGCGCGGCUACCUGAGCAAGAGGACGGCCGAGGCCAACCGCUGGCACGAGAAGUGGUUCGCCCUUUACCAGAACGUCCUCUUCUACUUCGAGAGCGAGCAGAGCGCCCGGCCCGCCGGCAUCUACAUGCUGGAGGGCUGCAGCUGCGAGCGGACGCCAGCACCCAAGGGCGCGGCCGCCGGCAGCGCGAAGGACGCGGCGCUGGACAAGCAGUAUUACUUUACUGUUCUAUUUGGCCAUGAAGGGCAGAAGCCACUGGAGCUCCGUUGUGAGGAUGAAGGUGAUGGAGAUGAAUGGGUGGAAGCUAUUCACCAGGCUAGUUAUUCAGAUAUUCUGAUUGAAAGGGAAGUACUGAUGCAGAAGUACAUUCAUCUUGUCCAAAUUGUAGAGACUGAAAAGAUUGCAGCCAAUCAGCUUCGACAUCAACUUGAAGAUCAAGACACAGAAAUUGAAAGACUUAAAUCAGAAAUUAUAGCUCUAAAUAAAACAAAAGAAAGAAUGCGACCUUAUCAAGGCAACCAGGAAGAUGAGGAUCCAGAUAUUAAAAAAAUUAAAAAGGUUCAGAGCUUUAUGAGAGGCUGGUUAUGUAGAAGAAAAUGGAAGACUAUUGUCCAAGAUUAUAUUUGUUCUCCCCAUGCAGAAAGUAUGAGAAAAAGGAAUCAGAUAGUUUUUAACAUGGUUGAGGCUGAAUCUGAAUAUGUGCAUCAACUUUAUGUUCUUGUGAACUGUUUUCUGAGGCCCUUAAGAAUGGCUGCAAGUUCAAAGAAGCCACCUAUCAGUCAUGAUGAUGUUAGUAGCAUUUUCCUUAAUAGUGAAACAAUCAUGUUUCUUCAUGAAAUAUUUCAUCAAGGUUUAAAAGCAAGGAUUGCUAAUUGGCCUACCUUAAUUCUAGCUGACUUAUUUGACAUUCUGCUGCCAAUGCUGAACAUAUAUCAAGAAUUUGUUCGGAAUCAUCAGUAUAGUCUACAAGUACUGGCAAAUUGUAAGCAAAACAGAGAUUUUGACAAACUCUUGAAGCAAUAUGAAGCCAACCCAGCAUGUGAGGGGCGAAUGCUGGAAACUUUCCUUACUUACCCCAUGUUUCAGAUUCCUAGAUACAUAAUAACGCUUCAUGAACUCCUGGCUCACACACCACAUGAACAUGUUGAACGAAAAAGCCUUGAAUUUGCAAAAUCCAAGCUAGAAGAACUUUCAAGGGUAAUGCAUGAUGAAGUGAGUGACACAGAAAACAUCCGGAAGAAUCUGGCCAUAGAAAGAACAAUAGUAGAAGGCUGUGAUAUAUUGCUAGAUACUAGUCAAACUUUUAUACGCCAAGGUUCUCUUAUUCAAGUCCCUUCAGUUGAAAGGGGAAAACUUAGCAAAGUUCGUCUGGGAUCAUUAUCCUUGAAAAAGGAAGGAGAAAGGCAGUGCUUCUUAUUUACAAAGCAUUUUUUAAUUUGUACAAGAAGUUCAGGAGGAAAACUGCAUCUCCUUAAGACAGGAGGCGUUCUGUCGUUAAUAGAGUGCACAUUGAUUGAGGAGACAGAUGCAACUGAUGAUGACUCAAAAAGCUCUGGACAGGUGUUUGGACACCUCGAUUUCAAGCUUGUCGUUGAACCUACAGAUGCUCCUCCUUUUACUAUUGUCCUCUUAGCCCCUUCACGUCAAGAGAAAGCUGCAUGGACAAGUGAUAUAAGUCAGUGCAUUGAUAACAUAAGGUGCAAUGGUUUAAUGACCAUAGUGUUUGAAGAAAAUUCUAAAGUCACUGUGCCGCAUAUGAUAAAGUCUGAUGCACGUCUACAUAGAGAUGACAUUGAUAUCUGCUUCAGCAAAACUCUAAAUUCCUGCAAAGUACCUCAGAUCCGUUAUGCAAGUGUUGAACGCCUUUUGGAGAGGCUCACAGACUUGCGAUUUCUGAGUAUUGAUUUCCUGAAUACGUUCCUACACACUUACCGCAUAUUUACUACUGCAGCUGUUGUACUGGAAAAACUUUCAGACAUUUACAGACGGCCUUUCACUUCCAUUCCAGUUAGGGCUUUGGAGUUAUUUUUUGCUACCAGUCAAAACAACAGAGGAGAUUACCUAGCUGAUGCGAAGUCACCGCAUCUCUGUCGCAAAUUUUCAACUCCCCCUCCACUGUCCCUUUCCAGAACAUCCUCACCUGUCAGAACUCGAAAAUUGUCAUUGACUUCACCACUGAAUUCAAGAAUCGGUGCCCUUGAUCUUUCUGCUUCAUCUGUGGCAUGCAGUCCUACCUCAACCUAUAGUCCAGCCACUUCUCCUCCACCAACAGGUAGCAAAGUACCUCUCGACCUUAGCAAAGGGCCCUCCUCUCCUGAGCAAAGCCCUGGCUCCAUAGAGGACAGCUUGGAGAAUCCUCGCAUUGACCUCUGUAACAAGCUGAGGAGAAGCAUUCGAAGAGCAGCAGUUCUAGAAUCAGUGUCAGUGGACAGAACUAUUCCUGAAAGCACCUCAGCGGUGGAUACCACAGAACUUUCCCCAUGUAGAUCCCCUUCAACACCACGUCAUCUCCGCUAUCGUCAACCAGGAGUACAAACUGCUGACAACAGUCACUGUGCUGUUUCUCCUGCAUCUGCUUUUGCUAUUGCUACAGCUGCAGCAGGACAUGGGAGUCCACCAGGUUUUAGCAAUUCAGAACGCAUGUGUGACAAAGAGUUCAUAAUACGCAGAGCAGCCACUAAUCGUGUCCUGAAUGUCUUACGUCACUGGGUCUCCAAGCACUCUCAGGAUUUUGAACUAAACAAUGAGUUGAAAAUGAAUGUGUUAAAUUUGCUGGAAGAAGUUUUGAGAGACCCUGAUCUUCUACCACAAGAAAGGAAAGCUACUGCAAAUAUCCUGAGGGCUCUUUCUCAGGAUGAUCAAGAUGAUACACAUUUAAAAAUAGAGGAUAUCAUUCAGAUGUCAGAGUGUCCAAAACCAGAGUGCUUUGAGACUUUGUCAGCCAUGGAACUUGCAGAGCAAAUAACUCUUUUAGACCACAUAGUUUUCAGAAGCAUACCCUACGAAGAGUUUCUUGGGCAGGGCUGGAUGAAACUGGAUAAAAAUGAGAGAACACCCUAUAUUAUGAAAACUAGUCAACACUUUAAUGAUAUGAGUAACCUUGUUGCCUCCCAGAUAAUGAAUUAUGCCGAUGUCAGCUCCCGGGCUAACUCAAUUGAAAAGUGGGUAGCAGUAGCUGAUAUUUGUCGAUGUAUGCACAAUUAUAAUGGUGUGUUAGAAAUCACAUCAGCCUUGAACAGAAGUGCGAUCUACAGACUGAAGAAAACUUGGGCUAAAGUUUCCAAACAGGCAAAAGCACUCAUGGACAAGCUUCAGAAGACUGUGUCAUCUGAAGGAAGAUUUAAAAAUCUUAGAGAAACACUCAAAAAUUGUAACCCACCUGCUGUUCCAUACCUUGGAAUGUACUUGACAGAUCUAGCAUUUAUUGAGGAAGGAACACCAAAUUUCACUGAGGAAGGCCUUGUUAAUUUUUCCAAAAUGAGAAUGAUCUCACACAUUAUCAGGGAAAUACGCCAAUUCCAGCAGACCUCCUACCGCAUAGAACAUCAGCAGAAGGUCACUCACUACUUACUUGACAAGACACUCAUCAUAGAUGAAGAUACUUUGUAUGAGCUUUCCCUAAAGCUUGAACCCAGACUCCCUGCCUGAAGAUCCAGCUUUGUCUCAGAGUCUACAGAAUGCUUUAAUACAAUGAACAAAAUUAUGCAUGCCCAGUCCUAAAGACAGCAAGGGAAAUACUGAGAAGAAUGCAAGCUCUCUUUUCCAGUAAGAGAUACUGAACCUCACAGCAUUUCCCUCUCAGGCAACAAAAAUUUGCUGUUGGACAUGGAAGACAAAGAUGCUUUCAUCUCUGCAUUAAGUGAUUGCUACUUUGCAAAGACAGUGUUUCACAGUAAGAUGUGUGCAUUUAGUGGAAAAUAAGAGGCUUUCCUGUGAAAGAUAACUCAUUCUAGCUAUCUUAAUGUUGACAAAUUUAAACAGUGGUAAUAUACCCAGUUACAUAAGGCAGAUGAGCAAAAUGAGAUGGCUGUGAUGUGGUCUGUGUUGAUGGCUGACAGUGCAGUCACUGAGGAAGUAAUGGUACUGGUGUCCUCCUGUGACUUUAAAUUAAUUGAAAAAAAAACGGGAACUUAACAGUCAUCUCCUAGCCUGGAGUGACUCUAAGGUAGCAUCUAGUAUCUCUCUCCCUAUCCACAGUUGUUCUAAAUGUUUGUUUAAUGAUAUCCUUUAUAGAAUGUUACCUUUGUUUCCUAUAAAUGUCUUAUCAGCCUUUUCUAAGGUAACUGAUUUUACAUAUAAAUAAAUUGUAAAUAUUUUUUCAUUAAUAUUCUAUGAGAAUAUUUUCAGCAUGGAAAGUAAAUAAACUAGCUGAAUAGUUGUACACAGUUGCCAACCUUGCAGGCUUCAUCUGGGAAGUACAAGGUUAGGAUCUAUACCUGA